AUGAGUCUACUAAACAAAACGUUAUAUAACAAUGAUAUGCGUAAUGAAGAAAAUAUCAAAUCAGAUAGGCAACCGUUGUCCAAACUAUCUAACAAUACUACGAAUUACAACCAUCAUUUCAAUCAUCAACAAUUUGAUUCAUUUAAAAUAACUAAAUUAAAACCUAAUACAACAACAUCAGCUAAAAGGAAAAGUUAUAAAUUAGAUUCAAAUCCAUACCUGAUUAAUAGAAGAUCAAUUAAUGAAAUGACAUCACCUACUCCUUUAAGAAAUCAUUUAACUAGUAUUCAUAAUGAAUUAUCAAAUAUUACACCAAUUAAUAAUGAUAGAAAUGGAAUUAUGCUAAAUAAUUCUUCAUCACCUUUUAUUGAGUCUCCUACUGAUCAAAAUAGGAGGAUUCAGAGUAAAGCAAGAAUUCAACAACAACAAAAUCUACAAAAUCAAAAUCAAAAUCAGCAUCACAACCAACAUAAUCAACAUCAACUACAGAAGAAUCUAGCACCACCCCCGACUCUAAAACCAUUAAAUUUACACACACAAUUUAAAACCAAACAAUCAACAACAACCGCAGAAUCAUCCCCACUUUUCAAUAUCCCAGAAUCAAAAUUUGAAGAUUUUGAAUUAGGUAAAAUAUUAGGUAAAGGCAAACUAGGAAAAGUUUAUUGUGCAAAACAUAAACAAACAGGAUACCCAAUAGCAUUAAAAAUAAUGUCCAAAAAAGAAUUAAAAGAAAUGAAAUUAGAAAAAAAUUUUAAAAGAGAAAUUGAAAUUCAAUCAAGCUUAUAUCAUUUAAAUAUAACAAAUUUAUAUACAUGGUUUCAUGAUGCCAUAAAUGUUUAUUUAGUAUUAGAAUUUAGUAUAUAUGGAGAAUUAUAUCAAUCCCUAAAGAUUCAAAAAAAAUUUAAUAAUGUUUUAGCAAGUUAUUAUAUUUAUCAAAUUGUUUUAGCUUUGAAAUAUUUACAUAAUAAACAUAUUAUUCAUAGAGAUUUAAAACCUGAAAAUAUAAUGUUAAAUAUGAAUAAUAUUGUUAAAUUAAGUGAUUUUGGUUGGUCUGUAUAUACAAAAUCUAAACAACAAAAAUUUGAACAGCAAACAAUUGAAGAGAAUGAUAAUAAUAAAAGAAAUACUAUAUGUGGAACAAUGGAUUAUUUACCACCAGAAAUGAUUGAACAAAAACCACAUGAUUUUAAAGUAGAUAAUUGGGCAUUAGGUGUAUUAAUUUAUGAAUUUUUAAUAGGAAAACCACCAUUUGAAGAAAAUGAUAAAAAUGCAACAUACAAGAGAAUUUUAAAAGUUGAUUUAAAAUUUCCAACAACAACAAAAUUAGAUAAUGAUGCUAUUGAUUUAAUAACGAGGUUAUUAAAAUUUAAUCCUCAUGAAAGAUUGGAAUUAGAUUUAGUUUUACAACAUCCUUGGAUUUUAAAAAAUUCUAAAAAAUGGCAAUAUUUAAAAGAAUAA